UGCGGGAGCAAGCUAGCAACACAAACAUCCAAGAUGGAGACUGCAAACGCUGGACAUAUGAUGAGUUUAGCUGCUCUACAGAGACAAGACCCCUACAUUAACAAAUUGCUCGACGUUACCGGCCAGGUGGCCCUCUACAACUUCAACUCCAAAACAAACGAAUGGGAGAAGACUGAAGUUGAGGGCACCCUGUUUGUCUAUACAAGGUAAGUAUGUAAUUGUGUAUUUGUUUGAACAAAUUCUAGCAUGUAAACAUAAUUUUACACGGUGUUUAAACUGAAAUCUAUAUACCGGUAUGCAAACAAAUGUGCUCUCCAGGGCUUACUGUCAGCCCUGGAUUCCCAGAAUACAGUGGAAUCUUGUUUUUUUGGAAAACUUUUACCCCGGUUUUCGUACACUGUCUCUGGUAUCGUUCAGUAUUGCCCUCAACAAACUGUUGCUGUGAUACCCUUUGGUACAUUGCUGUACAUUUCUUGUUUAUUCGGUCAUCGGUCAUCUUGGUUCACACACUGAACACCGAAUCUUGCGAUACUAGUGUAACACAGCAUCUUGCAAGGUACAUUUAUUUGCCAAACUUAAAUGAGAAUGUUACCAAAACAGAGCACCCUAUGCCCUAUGUUAUGCUUACUGUCUGUGCAUUUUUAUUGAGAACGACGAGAACAACCUGCCAUGGGGCCAAAGAGAGUUGUGAGCACGAGCAGUUUGAUAAAGAAAGUGAGAACCAUGAUUCAAUUCAAGAAAGAAUUCAUUGCAAAGUACGAAGCUGGCAUCCACGUGGCCUAUCUCGUCAGGAUAUACAAGAAUUCCGCAUCAACAGUCUGCUUCCCCUUACCACGGCUUCACCAUCAUGAACCGCCUGAGCACAGAGAACCUGGUGGAGCCUAUCAACAAAGACCUGGAGUUCCAACUACAGGACCCUUUCCUACUCUACAAGAAUGGCAACAUGGGUAUCUACAGUAUUUGGUUCUAUGACAAGAAGGACUGCCAUCGCAUCGCUCAGCUGAUGGUCCAGAUUGUAAAGCUUGAAGCCGACCAUGCACAAAGACAUUCCCCAGAGAAGGCGGAGCCCAGGCGGACCAAUGGCGUUGCAGAACCGCGGCCAAUGGACAUACUGGAGCUGCUUAGCAAAGCCAAGGAGGAAUACCAGAGGGCGCAGUCAGGUGAUGCUGACACAUCUGCAGAGUUGAAUGCGAAGGCAGUUUUAGACCACACCCAUACCUCCCAGGAGUCUGAUAAGAAGACUCAUACAAUGGUGAAGCAGAUCACAAUUGAGGAGCUUUUCGGCUCAUCCAUCCCUAAGGACACCUCUCUGCCUGCCAUGCCGACACAAAAUCCCGCCCCUGCGUCCGGUGACCCCUCAGCUACAUACUCGCAGAACCAGACAUACCCCCUUCCACCUCACCAGAAUCCUCUCCGUCCUCCCCACAUCACUGCCCAGGAUCCUGGGUCAAAGCAGGUUCACCAAGGCCAUGGCCUGCUCCCAGCCUCUUAUGCAAUACAUCCCAAACCUGUUUUCCAACCAGUGGACCCCAGGUCCGACCCCCAGCCUCUGUGCCCUGUCUCACCUCUCAUGGUGCCUCCAACUGGUCAGGAGGCCCGAACUGCUCCAGCUGGGCCCACAGCUCAUCGGGCUUAUAUGGAACAAGAGAUACUCGACUCACUCAAACCGUCAGUCCAGUCGCUGAAUGUGGAACUCCACAAGCCUGUCCUGGCGCCCAAUUUCCUGCCAAGCACUCUGGUGCCGCCCCACAGCUUCCAAGAACCUGUGGGUAGUAAACCAGUCCUCCGGCUUACACAGGACAGGGAUGGUCUGUCCAAGGCCCCAAACCUGAUCAAGCCUAUUUCAGCUGUCCCAGUGAGCCCCGGUCUUGCCAUGCCUAGGCCGGACUCCUCAGUGCUCCUCUCCCCCAGCGCCUUCCAGCAGUCCCUUAGCAAGACGGCGGCUGUAGCAGUGGUCCCUCCACCCCCUUCCGAACUCCCUGUCACCUCUGUACUGGGUGUCGAGCCUCCACAACAGCCCUGCAGCAAAGCCCAGUUGCAAGACAUGCUAAUACACCUCAUUAAGAACGACCCGGCCUUCCUGGGAGCCAUUCACGACGCUUACCUACAGAGUGUGUCCAAGGACUUCAGCGGCAUGAAGCUAUGAUCCUCCUUCAGCCACAACAAGCAGGUGCUUGUGGGAGACGAGGACAUCCCUCUUUGCUGUUGGACCUCACAAUUUAACCCUUCUUUGUCUUACUCUUCAACAUUGCUGUCUUCAGGACUACUGCAGGAGAAAAGGAUAUGAUGACACUUUUCUAAUGUGGCCUUUGCUUUCAUAAUCUAUACCAGGGGUCACCAACGUUUUUCCUUGUGAGAGCUACUUUUACAGAAUGAAAAUGGCCAAGAGCUACUCAUUUUUGUAACAUUUAUUUUCACAGCUUAUUUUAAACCCAAACAAAGCGAAUAUGCUUGUUUUACCAGAACAUUAACAAAAUGCUGGUGUCCACAACUCACAUUUUGUAUUUCAGAAUUCAUUUCUUUCUACUGUUCUUUCAUUAUUAACUGAAAACCUGAAUGAAAAGCAGGCUUGCGGGCACUUCAUGUGGUCGUGGGGGGCUACCUGGUGCCCGCGGGCACCACGUUGGUGACCCCUGCUCGAAAUGUUCACACUGAGCGCCACGUACUGGGAGCUGGUAUAUGAGCUUUGACAAUGUGCUCGUCCUUUUGUGGACUCUCUGGAAGCUUAUUUUGAGACAAAUAGCCCCUUUAGGAGACCAGUAAAAGUGACCCCUCCCUGAAAGCAGUGUACAGUGGAACCUCAGUUAGUAUACGUCCCGGUUAGCGUAGUUUUCAAUUUAAAUUGAAAACGUACAAAAAAAUUGUGUGCAUACAUUUCCCACUUAUCAUACAAUGUGGCGCGCAUCUUGUGUUAAUAAAAUGCGCGAGUCCAACUGUUUUCAUAAUGUAUUUUUAUUACAAAAAGGUUAGCAUGCUCUCAAAAUGGAAACCUGGACUGGAAGUCAUUGUCUAUGACGUCAUCAGCGGUUGACUCUGUAGUACUUUGCAAACUAACACAGUUACAUAACAAGUCUCUGCUUUUCUUAUUGAUCACUGCUGCGAUAUAA